AUGGAUUCACAAUAGAUUCAUCCACUCUCAGAAUUGAUGACGAAUGAAGAAAUCAGAGAAUGGGCGUUCUCUUUGGAUCCUCAACCCGAAAAGAAAAGCAAAUUGAAUUCCUCCAUGCCUCAAAUCAGCAGUUCAGCUACUAUAAAUAGGGCUUGUCAAAAGUAAUAAGAGCAGAAAACCAAAUACAUCCCUCGAAUCAUUUAACCACAACCUAUUCAAAUAGAAAAUCAAAAACAAAAAAAAGAGAUCAUUCAUCGCUUAAAACACUAAAAUAAAUUAAUGAAGGAAAUGAUCUAGUAGCAAAAGGACUUGUUAGAGCAAAUGAAAAAGGCUUGA